AUGAACGACAAGACGUUUCUCAAGAGUUUCAUUCUUCGGCAGCGCCUCAAGAAGAAGAGAGAGAUGGAGACCUCGAUCUCGUUGGAGGAGCGGAAGCGCGCGGAAGAGCGGAAACGCGUCGAAAUGAAAAUGUCUUUGAAAGAGAUUCGGCUCGAGUUCGAGAAGCUCGAGUCCAAAGUGGAGAAGAUUCGGCUCGAGUUCGAGAAGCUCGAGUCCAAAGUGGAGAAACUGAAACAACAAAAACACAUUCUGUUCUCGCAGUUGAAGAAAGUGCUGAACGAAGACGGAGUGCGCAGGCGCAACCGCGACCUCCAGUGGACCACCGACGCCGCGCUCUUCCAGCAGGAGCAGCAGCUCCAACCCCUCCCCUUCGCCCCGCCCUUCAACCAGCAGUUCUUCGCGCAGAGGGCGCCGCCUCAACAGCCCUUCAAAGCCGCCUUCGCGCCCAAACCCAACGUCGGCCGCAAACGCAGCCACGAGUCGCGCUCCCCGCCGCCGCCGGCCAACUACAAGAGCGCGUGCGUCACUUACACGCCGAACAUCGGGAAGGUGGACUUCGCUAAUCAGCAGCAGUUCUACGGAAUGAUGACGUCAGCGCAGAGUCAACGCAAAUACUAUUAA